CCGCUGCUGUUUCGGCUGCUGCUGUGGGACGGGUUCGGGUCCGAGUCUGACUUGGCCAGCACCGGGUGUGGGACGGCCCAGGGCGUGGUGGCAGCAGGAGGAGCACACUGAGAAUCAUGUCCAGGAAGAAGACCCCUAAGAGCAAGGGGGGGAGUGUGCCUGCUGCUUCUACGCUGCCCACCGCCGCCAACCGGUCCCGUCUGGCACAUCCCAGGACUCCUUGUCCUGGCUCGGAGGCGCUGCCCAACGGGCCCCCGCAGUCCGGCCGGCCCUCACUUGGUGGCACUGGAGACUUAUACGACGUUGCUUUCAAGGUCAUGCUGGUGGGGGAUUCUGGUGUGGGGAAGACCUGCCUGCUUGUGCGCUUCAAGGAUGGGGCUUUCCUGGCUGGUACCUUCAUCUCCACUGUGGGCAUCGACUUCCGGAAUAAAGUUCUGGAUGUGGAUGGCAUGAAGGUGAAGCUGCAGAUCUGGGACACAGCUGGUCAGGAGCGGUUCCGAAGUGUCACCCAUGCCUACUACCGGGAUGCUCAUGCCCUGUUGCUGCUCUAUGACAUCACCAACAAAGACUCCUUCGACAACAUCCAGGCCUGGCUGACGGAGAUCCAGGAAUACGCCCAGAGGGAUGUGGUGCUCAUGCUGCUGGGGAAUAAGGUCGACUCUACCCAAGAACGUGUGGUAAAGAGGGAAGAUGGGGAGAAAUUAGCCAAGGAGUAUGGGCUACCUUUCAUGGAAACCAGCGCAAAGACCGGCCUAAACGUGGACUUGGCUUUCACAGCCAUAGCAAAGGAGUUAAAACAGCGAUCCACAAAGGCUCCCAAUGAACCACACUUCAGACUUCACGACUACAUCAAGAGGGAGGGUCGAGGGGUAUCCUGCUGUCGGCCUUGAACCUGGAAGCAACACUGCCUUGGAGAGCUGUGCGGGAGCCUAUGGGCUUGACUCGACCCAGUGACGGCCCAAGUGUUCCCAUUUCCAAGACUGAGGCUAAUGCUAGCCCCCUUUGCCCCAGCGGCUACCACAGAAAUGGUCUUACAGCGUACAAACCAUGCCACGGCACUUUGCCGCCCUCUCCUGGGCACUUGCAGCAGAGAGCAUUCUAUACAAUGCCUAGCUUCUAAGCCAUUGUUUAUUGCACACUACCCAUGCAGGACGCCGGCCAGGAAAGAGGGCUUCAUCACUGUCGUCCAUUUGUUAGCCCCAAGGCUACAGCAGCCUGCUUCUAGUUCACUCUUAAGAGGAUACUAGCAUGUAGGAAAAUCACAGCUAUGCCGGGACACAACCAAGUUACCACUCGGCAUGCUGGCCCAGUCCCUUCCACGUGUCACCAAGUCACAAACCUGAGUGAAAC